AUGAUGAUCUUAAUGAUGAUUUUAGUUAUCUUUUUAGUUUUAUUUAUUCAAUUGUUACAAACUAUAAAAGCUCAUGAGACAAAUUCUGAUUACAAUGGUCCAAUGUUGAAAAUAUGGACUUUAAAUAAUGAAACAACUUCACAUCAUCAAUUUAAGAAAAACCACUGUAUUUUGGAUAAUUUAGAUAAAGGAUUUUUGUCAGUUUCAAUUGCCAAAACAUUAGUUAAUCAAUCAAUUGAUAAAAAUUGUUCAAAUUCUGGUAUUCAAAAAGAUUUAUCUGAGAAAUUUUAUUUCAAAUCAAAAGCUUUUCCCCAUAAUGAUGAAUUGGAAAUUGAUUGGUGGCCACAUUUUGGUAAGAAAAAACCAGAAGAACCAACAGGUCCAUUUUGUGAAUUAUUUGUGAAUUUAACAUAUCAAGAAAUUCAAAAAAACAUUUCAGAAUAUUUAUUAUAUCCUUAUUUGAACUAUACUUGUGAUUUUCAAUGUUUAAAAAUAACUGAUAAUGUUAACUAUACUGGUAUAAUUACAUAUGGAACUAAUUAUGAUCUUGUUAAUGAACGUGAAUGUGAUUAUGAUAUUGAAGAAUGGGAACGUUGGGAAUGGAAAGAACCUGAACCACCUAAAGAACCUGAGCCACCUAAAGAGCCUGAACCACCAAAAGAACCAGAGCCACCAGAACCACCAAAAGAACCAAAACCACCAAAAGAACCAAAGGAGCCACGUAAGAAACCUAAUGAUCCACCAUAUAAAAAGAAGAAAAACCAUAAACACAAACAUAAACAUGAUGAUGAUGAUCAUCAUAUUAUUAUUACGAUUUUGAUGGAUAAUUUGACUUUCAUAAUUAUAGUAUGUUUUCUAGCAGUCACUUCAGUGAUUAGAUGUAUUAGUUGCUGUAUAAUUAAUCGGGAUAGAGAUGGAUAUGAAAAAAUUCUUGAUUUUGUUUAA